CAUCAUCCCACGCCACGCCCACGCGAACUAAACCCGAAAAAACAGCAGGCGGGGCAGGGAAACCAGAGUACCAUACCACCGCCCCGAUACCGCGACGACCCGACACCUCGUCCACCUCUCCUUCCGAGUUCCGACUCAUACUGGCUAUCCACCGCCUGUCUCUCAGGCGAUCAAGUCGACCAGAGCCGGCAACCGAUGGUGGUGGUGGCGGUGGGAGGGGGCGGCGGCGGCGGUGGCUGGGGGACGUGGGAGGAGCUGGUGCUGGGCGGCGCAGUGCUCCGGCACGGGAGCGCCGCGUGGGCCACCGUCGCCGACGAGCUUCGGACCCGCUCUCCGUGCACCUUCUCGCCCGAGGAAUGUGAAGCAAAAUUUGCAGAGAUACAGUUGCGGUACUCUGCGUGCAAUGCUUGGUAUGAAGAGCUUCGUAAGCAGAGAGUUGCUGAACUGAAAAGGGAAUUGGAGAAGUCAGAAAAUUCUAUUGGAUCCCUCCAAUCUGUGAUUCAAAGCCUCAGCAAUAGCAAACACGUUGAUGGGAGUUCUGAAUGCCGCACCAGUCAUACUGAAUCAUGUCCACAUUCUGAAAAUACAGCAGAUACUAAUUCCUCAGGUAAAGAAACGUCCAGGGAUAGAUCAUCAGCUGCUAGUUUCACAGAGGAAGCAAGCAACAGUCAGAAAUCUCAGAAAGUGCAGCAGUGUGAUACUGAUUCAAUUCAAGUUAUCAAUCCAUCACCAGACGAGUCAUAUCCCCAGGCCCAAGUUGAAAAGGUCGGUCCCAAAGAUGGCUUGCUUUGGGGUUCUAGAAAACAAAGAGUAAUGAGAGCUAGAAGGACACUUCUGAAAGCUGGUGAUAGUAGUGGGGAUGGUGAGCCUACAUCUACAGCAUGCAUACAGGGGGAGGGUUUGUCCAAAGGCUGCAUGAAGAACUUCAAAACUCAAAACUUAGAAUCAGUUGUUGUGAAGAAGGGUGUGAAAACUCCAAAGGUAGAAUCUGAUGUGAUGAAUAAGGAUUUGAAAACCCUAAAUGUAGGAUCUGGUAUAAUGAAGAAGGGCUUGAAAGCUCCCAAAACAGAAUCUGAUAUGAUGAAGAAGGGCGUGAGAACUUCUAAAGCAGAGUCUGAUGGUAUGAAGAAGGGGAUGAAAAUACCGAAAGUAGAACCUGAUGUUAUGGACUGGAAAACUCCCAAAGCAGGAUCUGAUGUUACGAAGAAGGGCUUGAGAUCUCCAAAGGCAGAAUGUUGCCAGCCUGUGAUUGAGAGCGUUAAACUAAAGCUGGCAGAGAUUUUGAAUACUAUAUCAACUCAAGAUGACUGCAAAAUGUUGCAACACCAACUUGAUACCCAGAGGAAAAGAGCUAGAUAUAAGAAGAUGAUUCGCCGGCAUAUGGACUUCCGAAUGCUUCACUCUAAGAUCAAGAGUGGCGCAAUCUCUGGCACCAAGGAGCUUUUGAGAGAUAUACUUAUUUUCAUCAAUAAUGUAAUAACCUUCUAUCCGAAGACUACAUUAGAGCACAUGGCUGCGGUUGAGCUUCGUGACUUUGCAUGCAAAACUGUGAAGCAGAGUGCAAGCUUGUUCUUGAAAAGCCAUCGAGAGACCAGAACAGCUGGUGCCCCUGUAAUAAAGAAGAAUGCUCGAGCCCUGCAUUUUUCAAGAACAAGCUUGCACUCUGGGGAUGCAAGGGCAAGCAAGGUUUCUUCAAGGGAUGCUGCUGCCAAGGAAGGGGAUGGCAAGAGACCUUGCAGUGAUGAGCUGGCUAAUCAAAAGACUACAAAGAGAAAUGAGCCAGCCAAGAAGAGGGGUGUGGGUCGGCCUCCAAAGAGUGGGCAGAGGAUUGCUGGGGCACAGGAAAAUAGCCCCAUCAAAGGCAGGAAAAGUAGCGCUGGGGCACAGGUAGAUAGCCCCAGCAAAGGCAGGAAGAGGAGUGUGGAAGCACAUGAUGAUAGCUCCAGCAAAGGGGGCAAGAGGAGCCGGCGGUGAAGCUACCAUCAGCUCAAUGCCGGUGAAACUGUGUACAGCUUAACCAUAUAUCAUAGGCUGUUCCCUUCCGGUUUGUUUACCUGACAAAAAAAAGUUAUUGUCCCAGUAUUCAAACUGAUGUAACAGGAAGGGUUAGUUGUUUCUGAUGUUGUUUUGUAAGGAGUAAGGACAAUUAGAAGGGAACCCUCAUUUUUAUAUUGAGAUUAUCCGAGUUAGGCUAUACAUAUCUGACCAUGUAAUGCUUAUAGUAGUUUAAGUUGUUAUACCAUGUGAACUGAUGCUUGAAC